UUAUUAAUCAGUAAAACAACAAUAGCAACUGCAGGGCAUAGUAAGAGGUUGAGGUUUGCAGUUGAUUAAGAUCAUAUAAUCUAGCUAGCUAGCAUUAUACUAAUUCAAUGGCGGCUACCCAUCGACGUUCUGUUUCAUGGCUAUCUUUGUCUUCUGUUCGUCGCCCUACAACCGCACCCACCCCACCACCCGCACGGUCAGACUCCAUUCGACCCCCGGCUUUUAAGCCAUUUACGACACUUUCAUCUGCACCAUCUGCUCAACCACAAAAGCCUACUUGGCCACCAACUGCAAUAGGUGCAGCAGCACCAGAGCAAAGAGCUCAAACUCCACAGCCACCACCCGUUCAACGCCCGCUGUUUAGGUCUGCCACCGCCACCGCCAAGCCUGCCGCCGCCUCUCCUCCACCGCAGCCAGCAGCCGCUCCCAUUUCCCUGCAGCCUCCAGCCAGAGCUGCUGCACAAAGGUCCUCUCCUCCUCCUACUCUUACCAUAACUUCUCCAGCAGUCUCUAAUAAUGCCCCUAAGGCCCCAACCACUACUUCUCCUGCCCUUAAAUCAUCACAACCUAUUGCACCAUCCAUUCCCACAUCCCCAAUCACCACCAACCCUUCAUCUCCUUCAACAAUUCUUCAACAAUUCAACAAUUCUUCAGCAGAAACGACUGACCAUAAGAGCUUACUGGUGCAACAAGUCACUGAAAAGUCCAAUCAAGUUGACACUAAACACCAUAAAUUACAGAGCACAGCACAGAUUGCGAAAGCUGGGGUAGCAUUCGAAGAGAAGGCGGUAGCCAUGCAAAGAAAACAUGGAAUGAGAAUCGUGAGAUUAGUUGGUAAUAACAUUGGGGCAGCCAUGGUCGUCAGUGGAGCUAAACCUCUAAGCAUUCAGGACAAAAGAAGUACUACUCCUAACUGCAAUAAGGAGAAGAAUCGUCCUAAAACCUUGCAAUCAGAAAGCAGUAGUACUCUAUUCAUUAACAGUAACGUUCAAGGAGUGAACAAUUCAAUUGCAGUUGACUCUAGUCUCGCUCACCAUGAUCCAGGGCUCCAUGUAUUCACCUUUGAGCCCUGAAAUGGCAGCAUAUAUAUGAUUUAGAGAGAAAGCACUGAAGAACAGAUCAGACCUUAAUUACCUAAAAUAAAUGUAGCCGGUUACGGACCUCACGAUUCCAGUUCCCUGGUUGCCAUUUUCUAGCUAAUGAUUCAUAUGUACCCUUAUUUUCAAAUAUAUUGCCGUGUAUGAUGGAGAGAAGUAGUUAUGAUUAUUCAAAAUUAUUUAUGUCACUCCCUAGUCAAUCUAAGAAGAGUAUAUUAAGUUAUGAAAAGUUUCUACUAA